AUGUUCAACGCCAAGAUCCUUACUCUCUAUUCGGAUAAUGGUGGUGAAUACACGGCCCUUCAUUCUUUUCUUGCCUCUCACGGCAUCUCUCAUCACACCACACCUCCCCACACUCCCGAGCACAACGAUUUUUCAGCCUAUUUUCCUUCUCCGACAUCUGGUGUUGUUGAACCUUCUUCAUUCUCUCAUCAUCUGAUUCACCCUUUGAGUCAUGCUCGGUGCCCACUCACGACACCUCCGCUUUGUCAGCCCCUGAGCUCGGAUCUUUCACCGCCGGUUCCUCUGCCUGCGAACAUCUCCUCUGCUAGUGCUCAUCGGUCCUCUGACAUGGAUGGACCCGUACUUGGCCUGGAUUCUUCGGUUGAUACUCCUGCCUUGACAGCAUCGGAGUUGCCUCUCUCGGACUUGGCUGUCACGUCUGGUUCGUCGGUUCAACCCAUGCCGGUAAACCUUCAUCCGAUGCAGACUAGAUCAAAGAGCAACAUUGUUAAGUCCAAUCCAAAAUAUGCUCUCAUGGUCUCUGCUUCGAAUGCUGAUGUUGAACCGGCAACUGUGACUCAAGCGCUUAAGCAUCCUCGUUGGAGAGCUGCGAUGACAGAGGAAUAUGAAGCUCUUUGUCGCAAUGAGACGUGGGUUUUGGGAACAUUAUCCGAGGAAGUCUACAUGUCGCAACCUCCGGGUUUUGUUGAUCAUCGACGUCCUGACUUUGUGUGUAAACUCAGGAAGGCUAUUUAUGGUCUCAAACAAGCACCGCGGGCUUGGUACUCGGAGCUUCGUACCUAUCUUCUUGGUCGUGGGUUUCAAAAUUCUUUGGCGGAUGCUUCCCUUUUUAUUCUGCAUCAAUCGGAUGUUCGAGUUUUCAUCUUGGUCUACGUUGAUGAUAUUGUUGUGACCGGGAGCUCUUCUUCUCUUGUCACUCGAGUGAUCGAUGAUAUUGCUGCCCGUUUCUCUAUCAAAGACCUAGGUGACUUAUCCUACUUCCUUGGGAUCGAAGCUUCACGAAUAUCGAAAGGACUACUACUCACCUAG